GUGCUUCAGUUCAAGAUGGCGAACGAUGCGAGCAAACUACUACUGUCUUCACACCAAGAAAAAACCAGUCAUUAUACCUACCUGAAGGAGUUCCGCGUGGAGCAGUGCCAGUCGUUCCUGCAGCACAAAUGCAACCAGCAUCGCCCCUUCGUUUGCUUCAAUUGGCAUUUUCAAAAUCAGCGUCGUCGACGGCCAGUACGUAAACGCGAUGGCACAUUUAAUUACAGCGCUGAUAAUUAUUGCACCAAAUAUGAUGAAACAACUGGAAUCUGUCCCGAAGGCGAUGAAUGCCCCUUCCUACACCGAACAGCCGGCGACACCGAGCGUCGGUAUCAUUUACGCUACUACAAGACAUGCAUGUGUGUGCACGAUACGGACAGCCGGGGAUAUUGUGUGAAGAAUGGACUUCACUGCGCCUUUGCGCACGGCAUGCAGGACCAGCGGCCACCGGUGUAUGAUAUCAAAGAGCUGGAGACACUGCAGAAUUCGGAUAUAUCGUUGGACGGAACCAAUGCACAAAAUGCGCUCGAUAAGGAGCGAAACCUAAUGAACGAGGAUCCCAAGUGGCAGGACACCAACUAUGUGCUGGCCAACUACAAAACCGAGCCAUGCAAGCGUCCGCCCCGUUUGUGUCGCCAGGGCUAUGCCUGUCCACAGUACCAUAACAGCAAGGAUAAACGUCGCUCGCCCAGAAAGUACAAAUACAGGUCCACACCAUGUCCCAAUGUCAAGCACGGCGAGGAGUGGGGCGAACCGGGUAACUGUGAGGCCGGUGACAAUUGCCAGUAUUGUCACACACGGACCGAGCAACAGUUUCAUCCGGAAAUCUACAAGUCCACAAAAUGCAACGAUGUGCAACAGGCUGGCUACUGCCCUCGCAGCGUCUUCUGCGCCUUUGCGCAUGUGGAACCUUAUCUUGUCAACGAGCAGAAAAAGCGCGAUCAAGAAAUUGCCUUAAGCGAAAUCAUUUCGAAUGGUUUGUCCGGUAUGAAGAUGCAGGAUGAGGUCGCCAAUGGCAAACUGUCUACAGGACUGCUCCAGCUGAGCAAUAAUUUAUUAAAUAUUGAUGGUAAUAAUACAACCAACAAAAUGUUUGUAGAUGCUUUGGAAAAUACAACUAAUUCCAGCAAAAUCUUAAAUAUCUCACUACCACUGGACAGCCAUCCCUGUACAUUGGAAGAUCCACGCGAGAACUCGCUAUCGGCAAGUCUGGUUAACACUAGUUUAUUAACACGUUCCUCGGCGCCAAUUAACAUUCCUAAUACGACACUAAGUAACUCUAUUAACGACUUCAAUUCAGGUGGCUUUGCCGUCAACAUUCCCAGCAGCUCGCUCACAUAUAGCCCGACAAAUCAUGCCAAUCUAUUCAAUGUGUAUGGCGCCUCCAAUAAGCUGAGCAAUUCCCUAUCGGCUGCUACGCAAAACGAUAGUAAUAGCAUGUUCUUUCCGUCACGCAUUAUAUCGCCUGGCUUCGGCGAUGGUUUGUCGAUAAGCCCAUCAGUUAGAAUAUCCGAACUGAACACCAUACGUGAUGACAUCAACAGCAGCUCCGUGGGUAACAAUCUAUUUGAGAACACUUUGAAUACGGCUAAGAAUGCGUUCAGCUUACAAUCGCUGCAAUCGCAAAACAACACCGAUUUGGGUCGUAUGACCAAUGAGUUGCUCACGAAGAAUGCGCAGAUUCAAAAACUGUCCGUACGACUUGAGGAGCUUAUGUGCAAGAUAAAAAUAGCCGAACUGCAUCGCGAUAAGGCCAAACAGGAAGCCUUGGAAUGGAAGGACCGUCACGAUCUAGUGCAAAUACAACUCAAUUUACCAGGAGAGUUGCGCGAUUUAUCCAUACAAAAACUAAAGCAAUUACAAUCUAAACUGCGCACCGAUUUGGAGGAAGUAGACAAAGUAUUAUACUUGGAAAACGCCAAGAAGUGCAUGAAAUGCGAAGAGAACAAUCGAACCGUUACUUUGGAGCCCUGCAAUCAUCUGUCCAUUUGCAAUACAUGCGCCGGUUCGGUUACCGAGUGCCCCUAUUGUCAGGUGCCGGUAAUCACAACACACACAUAGAAUAUGUUUUAAGCGCUCCAGAACUUUGGAUGAGCCCCCCCUGUGCCUAAUUGGUACAGAGCGUGUUCACAGUGACAAUGGGCGAUAGAAACUCAACUUUAAUUGUAAGCAAAAUGUUAAACGUCUAGCAAAUAUGCCACGCCUGGCAUAUGACAGAGCUUACAUAUAUACUUAUAUUAUUUAUAUUACUCUAUAUGCAAAUUAAUUAUCUUGGAUAUUAGCAAUUACUAGGCACAAAAUAUGUAAUUCGUUUAGCAAGCAGCUAUGCAUUUGAAAUUUAUUACUCGUCUAAAUUACGCUACAGGAAAUUUUCUUUAUAUAUAUUUAUUUUUUGGUUUAUUUUCAUUUCAUUUUUUUAAUUUUGUGUUAAUUUUAGUUUAUAUAUACAAUUCGUAUACAUAACAGUUUCAAAGUUUCUCGUAUGUCCAUGACAUUUUAUUUUGUAUGAAACGAAUUUGCAAUAUUAUUGUCUUUAUUUUUUUUAUUAUUUCUGUAUUCAUAAUUUGCUACACUUGCAGUCACUAUUCACUAGUAUUAAUUAAACAAAUAAAAUCAUUUACAUUUAUAUGAAAUACCUGUACACGUUCAUAUAUUUUAUGACGAUCAUUUUUGCCGCUUCUAUAAAACAUUUAAAGAAAAAAUCAAAUUGACUAACAACAAAUGAAAACCACCAGUGAUUUUUAUAAACCAAUUGUCUAACUACAAAUAUAUGUAUUUUUUAGGUAUGUUUAAAUGAAAUAUAAAGAAAUCAAGAUUUUGUAAUUAAGAGAUUUCUAGGCAAGGUUCACGUUUUAGCGUCUUUGAUGAAGGAAAGACCCAAUUGAAUGCAAAUUUUUCAUGGGCGUACAAAAUAUUGAAAAUUGUAGAAACUGCAAUAUCUAUUCGUAGUGCUGCGACAUUGGUCAGUUUGUACAAUUUCUCAGCCUAUACUAUACUUUUAAUUUUCGUAUGUCUGCAUAUUAGCCAGAUAAUUAUAAACCAAUUUUGCAUCUAUUUAACUAUAGUUACAUAAAUGAUUUCACUUACACACUAAGAGAACCGACUAAAAACUUUUUAAAUAAUUUGUAUUUGAUGUAUUUCACUUUUAUACGCUACUAGGUUACUAUGUGAUUUCUUUAGUGCUUUAAGUACGUUUUUUCUAAUUUUUUUUUAAACUUUUAAAUUUAAUAUAAAGCUUCCAAUGAAAAUGCGGUCAAAGGUCAGAUAAACGAUAUAUCGAAGUCAAAAAUGUAUAUUAAUGGCCAAUGUUAAGAUGGUACAAGAUUAUUAAAUACACAAUAUUUACAACAAAAAAUUGAAGCGUGUGAUGUAAAAGAUUAAACAAUAAACGUAACUCAAGACAGCGAAUACAGUCUAUGAUGAAUGUUAACCGAAGCUAAUAUAAAACCGUCUUCAAAAUAUUUUUCACAAAAGCAAAAAGUUAAUGUAUUGUAUUGUAUGUAUUGUAGCUUAUAACAAAGUUGAGCAUCUAUAUAAAAUAUAAUGAACUCUAACGUAUUAUUAGUUAUAAAACUAAUGGCAAACAUGUUGAUCACUUAGGGCAUAAAAGUAAACUAUUUAAAUAUGAAAUUCACAUGCAGAAACUUAGGCAUUUAUUGAAAAUAAAACAGAUAGAAACCCAAAAUGAAAUCAUAACAUAUAGGUAUACUUAUAUUAAAGGAUAUGAAAAUAUAUUUGAUAGCUAACUAGCUAAGCAGCGCAAAGGCUUUUGUGUGUAUGUAGUAGCCAAAAAUUAAUGUAUCAACUAUACAAUGAUUAAAUGUGCAUGUUAAUGUGUGUUGCGAUUAAAUGCUUUAAUAUUAUUACUGUUCUACACAAAACCAAAAUAGAAACAAUAACAAUACAAAAUGGAAAGACAAGUUAAAGCAAUUGAAAGAACAUUAAACACACAUGAAUAAAAAAAAAUACAAAAAAAAAAUGGUUUUAUAAUGGAGCUGUUGAGUGCUAAAUUUGAAUGCUUAUACUGAAGCUCUUGCGAUAUACCCUCUAACUCUGAAUAAUUGGGCACAACGUAUUUAUAGCAAUAAACAUUAAUCUUAUCUACAAGCACAAACAUCGUAUUACUAGCAAAGCAAUUUAAAACACACAUCUCAGCUACGACAAACGAAACCAUUUCAUGACAACUCAAUACAAAUCAGAUAACUAAUUAACUGAGACAUAUAUACACACAAUGUAUGGAAAACGUAUGUAUUUUGUAUACGCUACUGUAAGAGUGAUCUUUAUGUGAUUUUGAAACUACUUGAAUAUGUGAUCCAAAAAUAUAUAAAAACAAAAAAAAUAAAGAAAACAAAACAAAAAAAACUUAAUAAUGAACAAAAAUAUAUAAAUAUACAUUUAUGCAAGCUCUCGCCAGAAUCAGCAGUUAAUGAAUGAUUACCAACUAAACUAAAACUUGAUGUACAACAAUAAUAAUAAACAACAACAACAACAACAAAAAAUGCUCCAGCUCCAUUUAGAAACAAA